UGCGAUGGUUCACUGUCAGUCAGGACGCAUUAACCAAGAGCAGACGUCAAUGUCGGCGCAAUCUGCAACAGCAGCAGAUGCUGGGGUUCAGGUGAUGCAAUGUGAAGUAUUCAAUCUGCGAGAAAACUUCAGUAAUGUAUCGGACACCUUUGCGUGCACGUCCUCUUUGCAGCAGAUGAUGCCUCACCGACUGACAGCAAGCGAUAAUCAAAGAGAGAGGAAGAGAACGAGACAAAAGACACGAAGAGAACAGUGCCACCUAGUGCUCACUGGACUUCAGUGCAAGAUGACUCUGUCAGGAGGUGUGUGUGUUUCCAGGUUAUGCCUGCCCUGUUUGGAUUCCUAUUUAAGCAGUUGUCCAGUCAAACAUCUCUCACAUUUCUGGCUUUCAUUUGACAAGCUGAUCUUGAGACGUUCAUCAGGCUACAGUCACCUAUCUACUUUAAAGAUGUCCAAACCAACAACACUGGAAAAAGUUGGUGGCAAAGGAGGUUCUCCAUUUUCAUUUACUGGGGAGAAGAAUGGUGCCAAUUUACAGAAGAUCGGGGUGUGGGUGGGAGAAUCCCAGGUUAAGGCUGUCAAAGUCUGGCUUUCAGAUGACACAAAUGAAACCUUUGGCAAGUCAGAUGGGUCGUACCAAGAGUACACUUUCAAGUCUGGUGAGUGUUUCACCUCACUGUCCCUCUGGGAGAACGGAGAAGGAACACGUCUUGGAGCCAUCAAAUUCAAGACCAACGAGGGAGGAGAAUUUUUUGCCAAGAUGACAAACAUGGGUUUAAAAAAAGAGCACCCCAUUGAUAUCGGCUCUGGGUUUUGUCUUGGAGUUGCAGGGGCAGCUGGUGCAGAUAUUGACUGCAUGGGAUUCAUGUUUCUCAAUGUAGUUCAAUCCACAGUUCUCACCAAUGUGAACUAUCCCACUCUCCAGCAGCUGAUACCAAAGGUGUCAGUGGAAGAGAUCAAAUAUGUCUCUUACACAAAUGAAACCUCCACUAACCAAGAGCAAACAGUUGAGACCUCAAAGAAAGUGAUCAAAACAGCCUCAUGGUCCAUGAGUGAAAGCUUUACCGAAACAUUUAGUGUGGAAGUGAAGGCAGGGAUUCCAGGAAUUGUAGAAGUUUCUACAGGAUACAGUGUCAGCGUUGGAGAAGAAAGCACGUUUAGCUUUGAGUACACUGAUGAGAGAACCGAAACUCUGACUACCACUGUAGAUGUGCCACCUAAAAAGAAAGUGGAUGUUGACAUCACCAUCGGCAGAGCCACGUUUGACCUGCCUUACACCGGCACAGUCAUCAUCACGUGCAAGAACGGCAGUGUGCUACAGUACGAAACCAGCGGCCAAUACAAAGGCGUCACUUACACUGAUAUCAAAGUGAAUACUAAAGAAUCUGAUCUGUAAGGUUAACACAGAUUGUUCUUGGUUGCUUUAUCUGAUUUUACCAGCAAUGUCUCAGUUCAUCUACCUUCGAUUUAUUUUGACUUCCACUGGUCCAUUUCAAAUGACUCUUUGCUCAAAGAUUUUAAUCACUAAAAAUAUAUACACAUCAUUGUUUUUUCCAAAUAAUCUUUACUGAUUC